AUGUCUCAUGCCCCCCGGCUUCGGGCGAGUAUGCUCUGUCCAAAUCCCUACGCCGCUAUACCAUCGAUGCGCGGCUCUUAUACAACACAGUCCAGUAUUGUAUGGGGUAAAUGGCGGAGACAGGCCCGCGAACGUCAGCAGACACAAUUCAGUACAGCAGAUGGUGCGGCGUUCGCGCGAAGAAAUGCCGACACAGAAAAGCAGGCAGAGUGGCACCGCAGCGGGCGGGUGCAUGUGCCACGGGAGCCGGAGCUGAAGCUGACGCUGGAGCGGAAUAGACCAUAUCUGUCUGGUCUGGCGAGGCGUCUCUGGAGGCGUAUCGGGGUGCACUCGCAGUUUUGCUUGCGGCUUCAGUCGGGUCGGUCAGUCAGGCUGCGGGGAUCCGAAUCCUCAUGGGGCGAGGGCGAGGGCGAGGACGAGGUACCGGUACAAGGUCCUACGUAG